CUUGUUUUUGUACUGGUUUUAACUGAAUACAGGUCAAAAAAGAUUUGCAGAUCAUUGCUGUCUGUUUUUAUUUACACUUUUCUACUGUCCAAACUUUAUGGAAUUGGAUUUGUAGUGAUCCGAUAAUUAUUAUUACUAAGUCUUCAGAUCAGUAGCUGAAUAAUAAUAAUAAGCUGUAUAAGUGAAACAACUUUGAACAAAGACAAAUGAAACAAUACUUUUUCUCGCGCUCCGUGCUUGGAACCUGAAAAACAACAACAACAAACAACAAUAGAAGCUGUCAGACAAGUCUUCCUCUGCUAUUGUGACGAAGGUGGCUGGUUGUUUUGCUUUGGACUCUGUGCGCUCAGUGUUGAAAGGACAAUCGUGUGUACAUCAGUAUGAAGUCAGAUGAGUCUUGGCUCAUGUCCAGCGUUUACGAGUUUACUGUGCUGCCUGGUGAUGUGUGCUGAAGGUGUGUGGGUGGAUCUCAUGGUUUUAUCAUAUGAGGUCAGCUGCUUGGCCUCACGGAGCGGAAACUCUCCUUCAUACUUGUUGCCUCAAUGUGUGAAAACCAGCCAUGUGACUUUUACGGUUUAAAUACUCUCUCGAUCUUCUCUGUCAACUCUUGUAACAUUCAGCUCAACACAGCCUGUAUGAAAUAUGGAGGUGGACCUGGGUGGCAUGUUUGAGCACAACGUGACGUUUUCCUAUGAAGAUUAUGAGUAUAAAGAUGAGUGCAUCCCGCCCAGUGGUGGCUUCAUGGCCACUUUCAUCCCCGUCCUGUACUCCUUGGUGGUGUUCCUUGGGCUGCUCGGUCAUGGGCUGGUCCUGCUGGUCCUGUUUCAGAAGAAGCGGACUGUGAUGGAUAUCUUUGUCCUUCACUUGAGCGUGGCUGAUGCCCUGUUGCUGCUAACCAUGCCCCUAUGGGCGGUAGAGGCUGCGAACGAGUGGAUCUUCAACACGGGGGCUUGCAAGCUGAGCGGAGCGCUGUUUCAGAUCAACUUCUACUGUGGGAUUUUCCUGCUAGCCUGCAUUAGCCUGGACCGCUAUCUGUCCAUCGUCCAUGGCAUCAAGAUGUUAUCUUCCAGGAAGCCCUUGGUGAUCUGGCUCAUCUGCAUAGCCAUCUGGUUCUUCUCCGUGCUGAUCUCCAUCCCUGACUGGCUCUACCUGAAGGCCAAUAGCAGCGCCAGUUUAGGGGGUAAAACUCAGUGCGUCCAUUCGUACCAUGAUAGGUGGCGUUUAGCCUUCAGACUGCUCUACCACGUGGUGGGCUUCUUACUUCCAUCCGUGGUGCUGUUCUACUGCUACUCCUGCAUCCUACUGCGGCUGCAGAAAGGCUGUCAGGGCCUGCAGAAGCUGCGGGCUAUGCGGAUCAUCCUGGCCUUGGUGGUGGUGUUCUUCAUCUGUUGGAUGCCCUACAAUAUCACCCUAUUGGUGGACACCAUUCAGGCUGCGCCCAUUGACUCUACAGAGCAGUCCGAAGGGUGCAGGCACAGCAAGUGGACAGCAGUGAACAUCACCGCAGUUCUAGGCUUCCUCCACUGCUGCCUCAACCCUUUCAUCUACUUCAGCCUAUCCAGGAAAUUCAGACGCUGGGUUUUAACCGUCCUGAGGUGUGAUGGUUGGUCACUGGACAGCAGGGACGUUUCAUUGUGGGAGUUGGAGCAAGUGGACGAAAGAACCCCUGCAUCACCCGAGGAGAAAGGUUCACUGAACCAAGGACAGACGACGGAAAGCCAGAAAACAGAGCAGAUACUCAGAAACGACCAGAGUACCAACUGAAGGUGUUCAGGGAUUUGACUCUUCAACUGAACCUUGAACAAAUGCCUGACGGAUAUAUCAUUUGGCCGAUAAAAUCGGCUGAUAUCCAAGUUCCCAAGAGUUAUCAGUGUCGGCAGAAGUCCUGCGUAACAUGCAUCAAUAUUGUUGCUUUAAAUGUUUUAUAAGACA